AUGGAUUUUAUUCCUGAGCUUCGGCGGGUUGCCCACCAGCAAAAGCGGAAUAUAACAAAGCCAGAGGACACUGUUGACUUUGCACAGUGGGGAGAAAUAACUGUUGGGGAUUUGGCGGGCCAGAUGGCAGGGAUUGCUCGAGACUACGGCUUGAACGAUUUGGCCGCUACGACUCCACUAUAUGCAUUGGAAUCUCAGGGAUUUUCAGCUCUUACGGCUGCUGAAAUCCCUGCAUGUGUAUCCAGUGGAACAUGCAAUAGAAGUGAGCUCUUUCUUGGUCUCCCAAGGAGCCAUCCUACUUUUCCAACCAGCCAUUCGCCAGCAUACUCAAACGCAGCCUUCCAGAUUCUCGCAUACGCACUAGAAAAAAUCACCAACAGCAACUUCGCUAGUCUACUCUCCGAUGCUAUUAUAAAACCUUUGAAUCUUUCCAAAUCAAGUAUAUUACCUCCUGAUGCACAGUAUGGUGUUAUUCCUGGGACAGAGGCAUCUAGUUAUUGGAGCUUUCCACUUGGCGAAGAGGCACCAGCCGGCGGAUUCUACUCCUCCGCAAACGAUCUCAGCACGGUUUCUCGCUCGAUACUUUCAAAUACCCUUCUUUCUCCCGCAGUCACUCGUCGCUGGCUAAAACCGAUAUCUCAUACAUCCUCUCUCGACUUCGCAGUUGGCCAGCCCUGGGAAAUAUUCUCAUUCCAAGAAGGAAGAACGAUCGAUCUUUUUACCAAAAUGGGUAACAUUAUUGCGUAUGGAGCAGCCAUGGCUCUUUCACCAGAUCAUAAUGCCGGCUUCUCCGUGCUUGUGGCUGGUCCAAAUCCCGCAUUGGCAUCGGAUACUCUCACCAGACUCAGUGAUCUGCUCUCAACAAAUCUGAUCCGUGCACUGGAAGGGGCUGCCAAGGAUGAAGCUCAAAAGUUUACUGGGACCUACGUUAACACAGCCCCUAACACUAAUUCCUCUAUCGCGCUGGCUAUUGAUUCUGGUCCAGGUAUAAGCGUCACCUCUUGGAUAAAUGACGGGGUAAAUGUGCUGCAGACAGUUCAAGUUUUCUACCAGAUUCCUACUCUCGCCGAUGUCAGCGUGCGCCUUUAUUAUACAGCUCUCGAUCACCAAGUAGAGUCUGGUUCCACUUUCAUCAGCUUCAGAGCUGUUAUGCGUAGCCUUGCAGACACCAACACCCCAACUGCUUUUCAAGGCCCAAUUGGUAAUUCCUGUCACUCGUGGCAGCUGGUUGAUGGCGUUAUUUACGGUAAUGUCGGUCUUGAUGAGUUUUUAUUUGAGGUCAAUGAAGAUGGCCAAGUCAUCUCGAUUCAACCAAGGGCCUUGAGGGUGACUUUGACCAAGCAGUAA